AUGAGCUUAAUCGUGUCUCCUUUCGCCGUCAUCGCUGCGUCUGCUGCGGCGGUUGCAGGCGUCCUGUUUCUCAUCUAUGCUGCAUUGAAAUCUGGCCACCGUGAUGCUUCUUUGCCUCCCGGUCCUCCAACGGUUCCCUUGUUUGGCAACGAGUUGCAAAUUCCCAAGGCGGAUGCGCAUUUCCAAUUCAUGAAAUGGGCCGACGAAUACGGUGGAACAUUCUCCUUGAAACGCUUCAAAAACACCACCAUUGUGAUCAGUGACCGCAAGUUGAUCAAGGAGCUCGUCGACAAGAAAAGCAACGUCUACUCGCACAGGCCGGCCUCUCUGGUGUCGCACCUGAUCACCCACUCGGACCACCUCCUGGUGAUGCAAUACGGGGACACGUGGCGCAUGCUCCGCAAGACAGUGCACCAGUACUUCAUGGAACCCAACUGCGAGAAGGAGCACUGGAAGGUACAGGAGGCGGAGGCGAAGCAGAUGCUGUACGACUUCCUCACCGCGCCGCAGGACCACAUGCUGCACCCCAAGCGCUACAGCAACAGCAUCACCAACUCGCUCGUCUUCGGCAUCCGCUCCAAGACCGUCCACGACGAGUACAUGGAGCGCUUGUUUUACCUGAUGGAGAAGUGGUCCCUGGUCCAGGAGCUGGGCGCCACCCCGCCCGUCGACGACUUCUGGCUGCUGCGCGUGCUUCCGCAGUGGAUGACCGGCCACUGGCGGCACCGCGCCCUCGAGGUCGAAAACCUGAUGCAGUCGCUGUACACCACCGUGCUGGACCAGGUGCGCGACCGCCGCGCCCGGGGCAUCAACCGAGAUUCGUUCAUGGACCGCGUGCUGGACCGGUUGGACAAGGUGCCCCUGACCGAGAGCCAGCUGCGGUUUCUGGGCGGCGUGCUCAUGGAAGGGGGCUCCGAUACCUCCUCCUCGCUGAUUCUGACCAUCAUCCAGGCGAUGACCAAGUUUCCUGCCGUGCAGGCCCGAGCCCACGCGGAAAUUGAUCGCGUGGUCGGAGCGGACCGUUCGCCAGCCUGGUCUGAUGCCGCUCAGUUGCCAUACAUCAAUUGCAUCAUCAAGGAGGCUCACCGCUGGCGCCCAGUCAGCCCACUGGGGGUGCCGCACGCAGUGGCACAAGACGACGAGAUCAACGGCAUGGUCCUUCCCAAGGGGGCCACUGUGGUGCUGAACGUCUGGGCGAUGCACCACGACCCCCGCCGCUGGCCGGAGCCAGAGCGGUUCGAGCCUGCGCGAUUCGAAGAGUUCCCUGCCCUGGCGCCAACGUAUGCGGCGUCCGGCGAGUGGGACAAGCGCGACCAUUAUGGCUACGGGGCUGGGCGCCGCAUCUGCCCGGGCAUCCAUCUCGCGGAACGCAAUCUCAUCAUUGGCGUGGCCAAGUUGCUGUGGGCGUUUGAGUUCACGCAGCCGGUGGGCAGUUACAGCGACAUCGACCCGGAAUCCGGGGCCAGUCAGGGUUUCCUGCACUGCCCCAAGGAGUACGGGUGUGGAGUCCGAUUGCGGGCACCGGAAAAGCGAGACACAAUUGUGAGGGAAUUCCAGGAAGCGCAGGAGGUUUUCGCCCGAUUUGAUUAG